GGAAAUCAAAACCGAACGAGAGGCUGCGGGGAAUGCUGCCCUCUGAGGCCGCGCGGGGAGAGCGCAGCGCCGGCAGAGCAGGGGAAACCCGCGUCGAGAGCGGAGCUGUUGCCGGCUGCGGGCACCGAGGAGAACCCGAAAGCAGUGCCCCGAGCUCGCUUUUCUCACCGACGCUGCAAUUUCUGUGCCUUUAUUUACCCUGCCUUCCUGAAGCGGAAUGUUCACAGAUCUCUCAUCUUUCUAGGUCCUUUGGUAUCACUGCAGUCCUUGUGUUGCAUUGUGCUGUUGAUGGGCCAGAGAUUUGGCUGUCCAGAGAACAGCAGAAAAUUAGAGCUGUCACCAAAUCCGAGCAUGAGGAAGGAGGAAGAUGGAGAAGAGAGUAGAGAGCAAGCUGUGAAAAGAGGUGGCAAGCAGCUAAGAGCUCUCCAUGGUGUAGCAGAUUUAAACAAUGGAGCUAUUGGGCUGUACAAUAUGGGACUGAGCUGCUGCCUGAAUUCCCUUCUUCAGGUGUUCUUCAUGAACACGCACUUCACAGUGAUACUACGAAGGAUCCGAGUGCCAAUAGGACAUGCAGAACAAAAGAAGAGUGUCCCAUACCAAAUGCUCUUGCUGUUGGAGCAGAUGCAGCGUAGCAAACAGAGAGCCGUGUACCCCCAGGAACUUGCCCAUUGUCUCACUGUGCACAAUUUGAAAUUGUUUGUCCAGUAUGAUGCUGCUCAACUCUUCCUGAGCCUCUGGAACCUAAUAAAGAAUCAGAUCACAGACUGGGAGCUGGCUGACCGGUUGACCAGGCUGUACACUAUCCGAGUGCAGGAAUAUCUGAUUUGUGAGAAGUGUUCAUUUGAAACUACGAGAGAGAGCAACAUGUUAACCCUCCCUCUCCCAAUGUUUAAUUCCAGUUCUCAGAGACUGAAGACACUGGAGGAUUCCCUGCAUUGCUUUUUCCAGCCUGAGCAGCUGACUGAUAACAACAUGUGUCUCUGUGAACAGUGUGAAAGGAAAACAUCAUGCCUACAAGGCAUGAGGCUAACAUGUCUGCCACAGACCCUCACUCUCCACCUAAAGCGCUUCUACUUCAAGAAAUCUACCUGGACUCAAAAGAUCAGCUACUCUCUGCCUUUUUCACAAAGCCUCGAUUUCAAUCAGAUACUAACACAAGAGCAAUGUCACCCAGAUGCCAAAGAGAAGGCCGAUUGGCAGUAUGAUCUCUUUGCUGUUGUUGCUCAUUCCGGAUUAGCCAGCUGUGGUCACUAUUGUGCCUACAUUCGGAGUCUCACAGACUGCAGAUGGUACUGCUUCAAUGAUUCCAGUGUCUGUCAGGUGUCAUGGGACGAUGUCAAAAGUACCUAUGGGAAUUCACGUUUUCACUGGGGUGAAACUGCCUAUCUCCUGGUUUACAUGAGAAAGAAUCCCCAGUAGCCUCAUCUGGGCCUGCUCCAAGGACUCGGGGCUCUGUGGAGGACCUGCCCAAUUUAUGGACUCUGACAAUCCUGCUUCAAGAAGAAUAUGCUACAAAUCCAUCAGUACAGCAGAGUGGGAGGCCUGAUCUAAGCUCAGUGGCAACACGUCACUGUGUAUGGUGUGUGUGUGUGUGUGUGUGUCUGUGAAGGAAAUGAAAGGUUCUGUGGGGGCACAUGGUUACCCCAUGGGCUGCCUCGGCUUCCACCUCCUGAAACUUGGUAGGUAGACAAGACAAGAGCAAUCACCUCCUCCUCUUGCCCAGCCCCGUGCAGAGCUUGCAGUCAUCCCGGCCUGGCUGAACGAUCCCUUAACACAUGUUCAAAACAAGGCCAAGAAAAGGGGCAACACAGUUGGGUCGCACAGUUGUCCCCUCUCCUCUGGCGCCAUCAGGGUGGGUGGCACCAAGGUGGGAUGAUGCUCGGGGCCUGGAUCGUCUCAGUUAACAAGAAGUUGGAGAACUAUCAGCCACUUUUUGUAGGAUGGGGGCAAUCUGGCACCUCCCAGUCACCUCUUCCUUGAUAGGCACACUGAAGGCAGCUGCCGUUUCAAUGUGCCCCCAGCAGCAGCAAGCUGUUAUGUAUUAGACCAGAGAAGAGCAACUACCUCCUCCUCCUGCUCUCUGUCUG